AUGAUUGCAAAGGUUUUAUGCAUCACAACUCUCUUUGCUGCUGUGACAGCGCAAUAUGGCCACGGCCACAGUGAUGCACACUCUUCCCAGCAUUUCAUUAAACACGAUGGACAUCCGGAAGUCGUCCAUGGCCAUCACGGACAUCACGACUAUCAUACACAUCCCAAAUAUGAGUUCGACUACAAAGUAGAGGACCACCACACGGGAGACAUGAAGUCUCAACAUGAGCACCGAGAUGGAGACGUGGUGAAAGGCGUUUAUUCACUCCAUCAGCCUGAUGGGUCCGAGAGGACCGUUCACUACCAUGGAGACCACCAUACCGGGUGA